UGGUUUCCUUAAAGUCAUAGAAUCUCAAACUUGACCAAAGUUGCAUUAAAUUUCUAGGAAGUUACACCAUCUAUCUUGCCUGAAAUUAACCAAAUUCUUAUCCCAAAAAAUUUCCUCCAUUAUUUUUCACCAGCCAUUAACAUUUAACACAAUCUCUCUUGAGCUCACAUGCUAUAUGGCAACUUUGCCGAUAGUCGAGCUGUUGCUUUUAGCAAUCAUAAUCGUAGUUUCUUGCAUUAAAGUGCAGUGUUUUGAUUUCAAGUUUUCAGAUUUCCAAGAAGAGAACAGAAAAGAUUUGUUGCUGAGUAAGAAUUCAACUAUUUUCAGAGAUGCCAUCCAAAUCACACCUGAUCUUAAUGGUGAUAUUAAAAACACACCAGGCAGGGCAUUCUAUGGGAAGAAAUUCAAGCUGUGGAGCAAAACGAAAGGAAAAAUAGCAUCUUUCAACACAACUUUCGUUAUUAAUAUCAGUAACAAAGAUUCACCAGAAGUUGGGGAAGGUUUAGCCUUUGUGCUAAGUGCGGAUUCUAAUGUUCCACAGGAGAGCUUCGGCCAAUGGCUCGGCAUAGUCAAUGCAACCACCAAUGGAACCUCUCGAGCUAGGAUCGUCGGCGUGGAGUUCGACACUAGGAAGAGUUAUGAAGAAGAACCUGACGGUAACCAUGUUGGCUUGGAUAUUAAUAGCUGUUAUUCAAUUGAACAGCAAUCAUUGAGUGGCUAUGGGGUUAACCUUUCCAUGGGGGUCGAUGUACGGGCUGUUGUUCAAUACGAUGGCAAAAACAUGACUGUUUUCGUUUCUAAUGGAAGCGAGACCCAAAGUAGUAAUCCAGUAUUAUCAGUGCCAGUGGAUCUCUCCUCGUUUCUUCCUGAAACUGUUCAUGUGGGAUUCUCAGCUUCAACUGGAAACUUCACAGAGUUGAACUGUGUAAGAGCUUGGGAAUUCCAUGGUGAUGAUGUUGGGGAUGAUUCAAAUCUAUUGUGGGUUUGGAUUGUUAUCCCAAUUCUACUUCUGGGUUUGAUUUUGGGGCUUGGGAUUUAUUGGAGGAGGAGAUCCAAAAAGGAUGAUUUGGAAAGAGGGUAUGCAAAUAUAGAAGCUCAUAUUAAGAGCUCUACUGCUCCAAGAAGGUUUAAACUAAGAGAAUUGAAAAGAGCAACAGGCAAUUUUAAUCACAAAAACAAGCUUGGGAAAGGUGGAUUUGGGACAGUUUACAAAGGGGUUUGGAAAGAAAAAGAAAUAGCUGUGAAAAGGGUGUCCAAGAAAUCACAUCAAGGUAACCAAGAAUUCAUAGCUGAGGUUACCACAAUUGGUAACUUAAACCACAAGAAUCUUGUGAAGCUAAUUGGAUGGUGCUAUGAGAACCGAGAACUCCUUCUUGUGUAUGAAUACAUGCCGAAUGGAAGCCUUGAUAAGUUCAUAUUCUAUGAUGAGAAAACAGGGAAAGGUGAAUCAAAUCAACCAAAUCUCAGUUGGGAAACUAGGCUCAUCAUUAUACAAGGGGUGGCUGAGGCACUUGAUUAUCUUCACAAUGGGUGUGAGAAAAGGGUGCUUCAUCGGGACGUAAAAUGUAGCAACAUAAUGUUGGAUUCGGAGUUCAAUGCUAAAUUGGGAGAUUUCGGAUUGGCAAGAACAAUUCAACAAAGAGAAAAAACGCACCAUUCAACGAUAGAGAUCGCAGGCACUCCUGGUUAUAUGGCACCGGAAACGUUUCUUAUAAGCAGAGCGACGGUUGAAACCGAUGUUUAUUCGUAUGGUGUGCUUCUCCUUGAAGUUGUAUGUGGAAGAAAGCUUGGUAAUCAGAGUGAGUUGAGUAAUUAUAACAACAGCAUUGUGAAUUGGCUAUGGGAAUAUUAUAGCAAAGGAAGGAUUACAGAUGCUGCGGAUUCGCAUUUAGAUCGAGACUUUGCGGAAAAAGAAGUGGAAUCCGCACUUAUAUUGGGUUUAGCCUGUUGCCAUCCGAACCCACAUUUCAGGCCAUCAAUGAAGACUGUUUCGACGGUUCUUGCAGGGGAAAUGGAUCCACCACAGGUGCCACUAGAAAGGCCUUCAUUUGUGUGGCCUGCAGUGCCCCCUGUUUUCACUCAGUCAGAUUAUUCUCUCACCGGAUCCCAAUCCCAAUUCAGUACAUUUUCUGAGGUCGAUGGAAGAUGAACCACCUUAGCUAAUCACUGUUACUCAGUUCUGCAAUAUUACCGUACCAGAAUACUCCAACCUUUUCUUUUUGUCGAUGGGGGUACUUUUAUUUUGUCAUUAUUAUUCGAUUAUAUCUCAUCAAAUGUUCAAAUGCAAAUGUCUCCGUAACUUGUAUAUAUGUUUAUGUUACCUUUUAGAAAUCCAUGUGCACAAGGAUUUUCUUCAA